UUCCGUCUUCCGUGUUGCUACUACAACUACGCCUCAUCAAGCCUCCUAUCACUCCCAACUAUCCUUCGGCGACUCAACCCGUACCUUAUCAACUAUUUCCAUCUCGGACGCUUCCUGCUGCUGUUGUAGCUCAAGCUGUUCUGACCACGAUUUCUUAACGACCCUGACGCCUCCCCAUAUCCGUCAUUGUCAUCGGAACUGAUUGUCCAGAGCAUUCCGAAUUGCCAGAACAUUUUUUCCACACAUAUUCACAUAACCAGACCAGACAGUCAAGAUGGUCAAGGAAACAAAGCUCUACGAGACUCUUGGAGUCAGCCCAGAUGCCACUGAGGCGCAAUUGAAGAAGGCAUACAAGACCGGUGCCCUUAAGUACCACCCAGACAAAAACGCCAACAACCCGGCUGCCGAGCAGAAGUUCAAGGAGAUUUCUCACGCAUACGAAAUUCUUUCCGACUCCCAAAAACGCGCCAUCUACGAUCAGUAUGGCGAGGCUGGUCUUGAGGGUGGCGCCGGUGCCGGUGGCGGCAUGGCUGCCGAGGACCUGUUCGCUCAGUUCUUCGGCGGCGGUGGCUUCGGCGGCGGUCUCGGUGGUAUGUUCGGCGGUAUGAACCAGCAGCGUGCCCCCGCGAAGGCUAAGACUAUUCAUCACACCCACCACGUCUCGCUUGAGGAUAUCUACCGCGGCAAGAUCUCCAAGCUGGCCCUUCAGCGGUCAAUCCUCUGCCCCAAGUGCGAGGGUCGCGGCGGUAAGGAAGGUGCCGUCAAGCGGUGUGCUGGCUGCGACGGUCAGGGUACUAAGAUCAUGAUGAGGCAGAUGGGCCCCAUGAUUCAGCGCUUCCAGACCGUCUGCCCUGACUGUAAUGGCGAAGGCGAGGUAAUCAAGGAGAAGGAUCGUUGCAAGCAGUGCAAUGGCAAGAAGACCGUUGUCGAUCGCAAGGUCCUCCACGUUCACGUUGACCGUGGUGUCAAGAGCGGCACCAAGGUCGAGUUCCGUGGUGAGGGUGACCAAGCACCUGGCAUUCUCCCCGGUGACGUUGUCUUCGUCAUCGAGCAGAAGCCCCAUCCCCGCUUCACCCGUCAGGAUGAUGAUCUUCUUUACAAGUGCGAGAUCGAUCUCGUGACCGCCCUUGCCGGUGGAACCAUUUACAUCGAGCAUCUUGAUGAGCGCUGGUUGAGCGUUGACAUCCAGCCCGGCGAGGCUAUUGCGCCCAACUCCGUCAAGAUGAUUCGUGGCCAGGGUAUGCCCUCCUACCGCCACCACGAUUACGGCAACAUGUAUAUCCAGUUUUCCGUCAGGUUCCCCGAGAAGAACUGGACUCAGGAUCCCGCUGCCUUCGAGGCUCUUCGCAAGUACCUCCCGGCCCCCGCUGUUGUCAACGUACCCCCUCAGGAUGCUAUGACCGAGCCAGCAGAAUUGGAGGACGUCGAGGGCAACGGAGCCGGCCGUGGCUUCUCCAACAGCCCUAUGGAGGAGGAUGACGAGCCUCAGGCCGAACGCGUACAGUGCGCCUCGCAGUAAGCGAGUUAAAUGGGCGGGGAAGCAGUAUCAACCUUAUCCAUUAUUCGACGAGAAAUUGCGGCACAAGCGACGGUCCAACAAAACGUGCCAUGCACGACAUUGUUUGAGACUUGCUAUGGAGGCUGAAUGAUUUGCAACGAUUCUAAAUCAUUUCAUGUCUCCUGUUCCCAUGAUCAUCCUUAACGAAGCAAAUAUACCCGAUUACUCGACCCAUUAUCGAGUAUUGCACAUUUGACGAGGCACGAUAUUCGAGGGGCCGACAAAAGGAAGAGUUGGAGAAAGGAACAAAAAGGGGGUAUGAUGCAAGGUGAAAACCGGUAAUACCUGAAGUGUGAUCAAAUCGGCACGGGUGGAAGGGAUACGAUCACACUUAUCAACACAGCACCCGGAUUAUCACUAUUUCGGUGGAAGAAGAGGGUUCAAUCUCGUUGUUUGAUGUUCCCCCUAUUUCACCUGCGUUUAAUGACAUGGUGGACUUUUACUACUAUCGAUGUCAAAAUAUAUCAACACCCGGUCUUAUUGACAGGCGUUUUAGAGAGGAUAUCGGACUGAUAGAAAAGAAGGAUGAAGGGCAUGAAUAUGGCAUUACCGUCUUAUCCCGGCUAUUUGCUUCAUAUGAAGGACACAGGAAGGUCAUGUAGCAUGAGACAGGAACAGGGAGGGACCACUCAGUACGUGCUCAUGCUACGCGUACCACAUGAUUGCUGCUCACCUGGAUCCAGGAAGAAGGGGGGAAUGGGAACUGGAUUUUUUUUUAUUUUUUUUUCUGGGAUUGUUAGCGAAAUGAUCAUGAGGAUAUCUGAAAGCCAUAUUUCGU